AGUUCGUACCAAGUAUUCCAUCCGGAGAUAUCAGCGACCCCCGCGCCCCCGGUUCUCCGAUCUGUCAUGUCCAGCUGGAAAGGAUCGGCAGCGACCUUUUCCCAAAGCAGCGGCGUGCAGCAAACCAGUUGGAGCGCCGAUCCCAUUCGCCCACGCGCCGACACGACCCAACCUUCUCGCCUCGGAUUUCUGACGAAUUCCCCACAUCAACCACCAAAACCUGCACCGCGACGAUGGUCUCGCUCGACGCCGUAAAGCAGAGCAACGCCGACCUGAAAGAUUACGGGCCGGGUCUCGUCGGCGUUUUUGUCGGCGGAACAAGCGGCAUCGGCGAAGCGACCGCGCGCUCGUUUGUGAAAUAUGCCAUUGCUCCGAUCGUGUAUCUCAUCGGACGGAAUGAGACGCAGGCAGCGGAGAUUAUCGAGGAUCUCCAGACGCUGAAUCCGGAGAGUAGAGUGAGUUUUGUGCAAUGCGACGUGUCGCUUCUUCGCCGCGUCGACGAGGCGUGCAGGACGAUCCAGGAGAAGGAGGACAAAGUCAAUGUCCUCGUGCUGAGCUCGGGGAUUUUUACGACCAAGGGAAGAGAUGAAACCUCCGAGGGCCUCGAUAAGAAGCUCACCCUCCACUACUACGCGCGCAUGCGCUUCAUCUCAAAUCUCCUACCGCAGCUAAUCUCCGCCGGAACAUGGCUCAACGGCCUCGUCGCGGGCAAAAGCCGCGGCCUCGCAUCCGUCGUGUCCGUGCUGGAAGCCGGCGGCGAAGGCCCGCUGAUCCUCGAAGACCUCGCGCUAAAGGAAAACUACUCGCUAAAAAACUGCGCGAAACACGCCAUCACCAUGACCUCGUUGUCGCUGGAAGAACUCGCAAAGGCGAAUCCGGCCAUCUCCUUUGUCCACACGUACCCCGGUGUUGUCAGGACCGGCCUCUUGCGUGACUUUAAUCCCGUCACGCAGUUCCUUAUGAAUGUGCUGCUCUUCAUCGCGAAGCCGUGGACCGUUCCGCUGGAGGAUUGCGGCGAGAGGCACCUGUUUGCUGCGACGGGUGUGCCCAGAGCCCGCGCGAUCGGCGAGGGGUCGGGCAGGCCGUAUCUCGUGAGCUGGGACGGGGAGCCGAGGGGGAAUCAGAAUGUGCUUGGCUUGUAUCGGGAGAAGAAAAUCGGUCCUGUUGUCUGGAAGCACACACAGGAUGUCUUUAGGCGGAUUUGCAGUUGAUUUUUGGACUUGCUAUGCUUUCAUGUUGGGUUGGGUUUGUCAUUUCGGGUUUCUCACUCUUUACUAACCUCCUUUCCUUCCCUUGCUCAUUUCCUUGUGUCUCUAUGUCUCUAUGUCUCUACUCUCUCUCUCUCCACCCUCUUUCGGUCUCUCUAAAUUUCCUUCUCAAUAUCAUAUACAAUAUACCCCUGUCCGAACCCCCAGCUCCCCAACCCAAGUAGCCAAUACACCCACAUCCCAACCAUAAUGCCCAUCUCCUUGACCCAAAGCCCCCACGGCCCAGUCUUGUUGCGCACCUUGCGAUUGGUCUCCGAUUUGCCCGCAAUCGCCUCAACCCUC